AUGGCCUCGUUCCUCAGAGACGGGAGUGUGCUCACGGCGGACGUAGUCGCCGUGCAGGAACCGUGGAGGAACGAACUCCAACACACAACGCACCAACCGGCGACAGCAGCAUUCCAGCUGAUGUACCCACCAAAAGCGGCCGAGGAACCAACCCGAAACCAAGCAUCGAAUCUCUCUCAGCCGGGAGUAUGCCUAUUUGUGUCCAAAAGGCUCGACCCAAGCACUUGGUCGUGCCAACUGGUCACACAGGAUUACCAGAUAUUGAAGCUUAGGGAAGCCCAUCAUGGAAGAGACUGGACAGACCUCUUCGUCCACAAUAUCUACAACAGACCGAGCGGCGGGACUCUUGAACAACUAAGGACUGAGCUGUCAAAACGUCCUCAUGGAGAGCAUAUCAUCCUUGGAGAUAUGAACGCACACCACCCGAGAUGGGGAGGGCCAGGAACCAGGGCCGAUCGGGAGGCUGAGCAACUUUUAGAAAUCGUCAAUGGAUGGGGACUCGAGUUAACGACACAACCGGGCACACCCACCUGGUCUCGAAACGAUCAGUCGUCGGUGAUCGACCUGACCUUCAUAACGGCCAACCUGCUCGACAGACUAAUUAGCUGUGAGAGGGCCGAUGACAUCGAGCAUGCAUCUGACCAUUUCCCGAUCAGGACUGCACUCGAUAUCGUCACGCCCAUCGCCCCACAACAGAAGAGGAGGAACUGGAGCGCAACUGAUGACAAAAAGUUCGUUCAGGAGAUCGAGCAGGGCCUACAAACGGGAGGCCUGGACCAAGCAGGACCAGAGGAGAUAGAGGCCAAGUGCCAGGGGCUUAUCGACGUGAUCCAAACGGCGAUCGAGGAGUCAACACCAUGGACAAGACCAUCUGAGUGGUCGAACCCCGACUUUGACGAUGAAUGUAAGGCUGCAGUCGAAGAAGUUCGUCGCCUCCGUCGCAGACAUACGAAAACCCAGGAUGCUUACGAUUGGAUGUGCUAUACGAAAGCACGUAACGUGAAAUCACGACUCCUCAAGAAGAAGUUGUCGAGAGCACACCGACGCCGAGUACAGCAGGUCGUUGAGGACGGUCCACAGGGUCUGUGGCGACUGGCCAAAUGGGCGAGAAACCGAGACGGGGCAUACGAGAAAGGCAUCACUCCCUCGCUGAAGUUUGGCACAAGUAGUGAUGAAAGUCUUGCGAUUAUAGGAUAUUCCCUCUUGAAAUUUCAAUAA